UUAAAUCGCGACCCGUUUUCGCAUGGAUAGCAGCCAGGUUUCUGAUUCAUCUGAAAAUUACAUCGGAAUGAGCGCAUUGUUUCGUUGCCUCGACCCUCGCCUCAUUUCCAGCUUAUUUGUUCGGUUCCAAUGUCUCCGGCAAGGAUGUCAACCGAGAUGCUUUCCCUUUCGCCGAAGGGUCCCCCCCCUGCACCACCGUGGUAAACCAACUCUCAUGGCGACGAUUAGAAAUGUUCUGGAUACACCACCAUUCUUUUUUGCUCCAAUCUCGGUACCGGCUGCGACCCAAAUUUCACCCAGACUGGGAACCAACUUGUAAAUCGGAAAGGGAGAUGAUAUUUAGCGAAGAGAUUCUUGCGCAUACGGUACUAGUAAAAGAUUAUUCUUGUCAGAUGACUGAUAUUGCAUUGCAGAAUCCUGACAUUAUUGAUGCAACAUGCAUUCAAGAUGGUAAGCUCGUUGCUUUGAAGCGCAUCGUGAAGACAGAAUUUCUUUUCGAAGUCAAAUUAGGAACAUUCUUUUCUUCCUCUCCCUUGUCCGAUAACCCGAGGAACCACUGUGUUCCUAUCUCUGAGGUUCUCCGGUCUCCGCAAGAUCCUGACGCACAGAUGAUUAUUAUGCCACGGCUGCGAGAAAUAAGGACGCCUUCAUUUGACACCGUAGGCGAAUUCGUCGAAGUAUUUCGACAAAUAUUUGAGGACGUCGAAUUUAUGCAUGAAUACUUUGUGGUGCACAAAGAUAUCAGUAUUUUGAACGUCAUGCUAGAGGCUAGCAAGCUGUAUCACAAAGGAUUUCAUCCUGUUUUUCAUUCUUUUAACAAUAAAAACACUGGCUUCGCGAUGCAUAUUACGCGUAUUCAGUGCUGGCCCCGUCAUUAUAUCAUCGAUUUUGGGUACUCCCGUCGCUACGAUCCGAAUGAACUUCCAUCCGAUAUCAUCCUGGCCGCAGGCGACAGGUCUGCGCCAGAGCUUAAGAGACUCCAUGCCGACCCAUCUGCCAGAUUGAAUCCGUUCUCUUUCGAUGUUUACUGCAUAGCGAACAUAAUGCGUAAAGAUUACCGUAUAGAGUUCUAUCCGCCUCUGCAAUUUCUUCUUCCCCUUGUGGAUGAUAUGACUCAGGACGAGCCUUCGUUGCGGCCUACGAUCAGCGAGGCUGUCGCGCGCUUCGUAAGACUGUAAUUCACUG